AUGGAUUUAACCCCAGGUCCUUCAAGAGAAGUAUUCCGGAUUCCAGCCAAUGAGGAUAAACUUCUACGUAUAUUAGAUCAGUUUUGUUCUGACGAAGAAGCCGAGCUAGACGAAAUUCAUGGAACUGAUAUAGAUAGAACAGAGGAUGAUGUGAAUAAUGAAGAUCCAAUUGAGGAGGAAAUGAUUCGAAUGUUUGAGGAUGACUCGGAACUACAUGAAGAACUACAGAACUUCCAUGAACUACAAAAAGAAAUAGAGGAGGUCCCACAACAACAUGAACAACAGCAGGACAACCCAGAUCUACAUGAAGAACUACAGAAUUUCCAUGAACUGCAAGAAGAAAUAGAGGAGGUCCCACAACAACAUGAACAACAGCAGGACAACCCAGAUCUACAUGAAGAACUACAGAAUUUCCAUGAACUGCAAGAAGAAAUAGAGGAGAUCCCACAACAACAUGAACAACAGCAGGACAACCCAGAUCUACAUGAAGAACUACAGAAUUUCCAUGAACUGCAAGAAGAAAUAGAGGAGGUCCCACAACAACAUGAACAACAGCAGGACAACCCAGAUCUACAUGAAGAACUACAGAAUUUCCAUGAACUGCAAGAAGAAAUAGAGGAGGUCCCACAACAACAUGAACAACAGCAGGACAACCCAGAUCUACAUGAAGAACUACAGAAUUUCCAUGAACUGUAA